UGUAUUGUACUGUGCAGAUGUCCGACUAGGACACACCGCCACCUACUUAUAAUAUACUUACCUACCUACCGAUCGGUAGUUGAUUACGGGGUCUAACUCAAGUUGGCAUUGUCUCGUAAUAGCCACAUCCUUUAAUUUUUGAUACAAGUCGAUGUCUCUUGGGUGUAUCUAGACAUUGGAUGGUGAUUAAUUACUACCUAGGAUAUGUCGCCGGCUUCGUCUCUUUGUGUUCUUCCAAACUGAUCGGUCUACUCUAGACGCCACCUCAGUCAAGCUGUCUACCUACCCAUUGAUAUCUGCCUAGUACCUACCGAUUAUUAUAGGUACCUAGAUUCACACGGAUGACAUCUCGACUUUGAUAGUACCUACCCAUCUACCUAGCUAGGUACCUGCACACAAAGAUGUCUCGGACCGCCGACUCUCUCACCCUGCCAACGGCCAUGCAUUCCUCUGGGAAUAGCGGCCGCGGCGCCGCAGCCGAGUCGGAGACCGAGUCCGGCCCGUCGCUGAGCGGGAGAAUCCGGCGUUGGGUAACGUCGCGCAAUGCUGACUCCUCCUCCCAACACCAACACCGUAGCCAGCACCGCAGCGGUCGCACGAAUUCGGCGGAACGCGGUGCCGGUGGCGAUGGUUGGUGGAAGAUACACUUCUUCCGCGGCAUGGUCAACGACGUGCGCCGCCGCGCGCCGUACUACUGGAGCGAUUGGCGCGACGCCUGGGAUUAUCGCGUCGUGCCGUCGACGAUUUAUAUGUAUUUUGCUAAUAUCCUACCGGCCUUGGCCUUCUCUCUCGACAUGUUCACUAAGACGAACAUGAUGUACGGCGUAAAUGAAGUACUGCUGUCGUCUGUUCUCGGCGCCGUCGUCUUCGCUGUGCUGGCGUGCCAGCCGCUGGUUAUUGUUGGAGUCACGGGCCCUAUUACCGUGUUUAACUACACGGUCUACGACAUCAUGAUGCCCACCGGAACCAACUACCUGGCCUUCAUGUGUUGGAUCGGCCUGUGGUCGCUCGUCUUCCACUGGGUCCUGGCCAUCACCAACUCGUGCAACUGGCUGCGGUACGUGACGCGGUUCCCCUGCGACAUCUUCGGCUUCUACGUCGCCUUCAUCUACCUGCAGAAGGGCAUCCAGGUGCUCGAGCGCUUCGGCAAUGACUCCCCCUUCUACCUGUCCGUCAUGGUCGCCCUGCUCGUCUUCAUGAUCGCCUACGCCUGCGGCGAGCUCGGCGAGAGCCCCCUGUUCCGCCACCCCGUGCGGGUGUUUCUGAAGGACUACGGUACCCCGCUGACUGUUAUCUUCUUCACGGGCUUCGUGCACUUCGGCCGCAUGCAGUCCAUCGAGCUCGAGAAGCUGCCGACGAAUGCGGCGUUCUCCCCGACCGCUGACAGGAGCUGGCUUGUUGAUUUCUGGGAGAUCUCGCUCGGGGACGUGUUUAUUGCCAUCCCCUUCGCGAUCCUGCUCACGAUUCUGUUUUAUUUUGACCAUAAUGUCUCCUCCCUCAUCGCGCAGGGAACCGAGUUCCCCCUGCGCAAACCGGCCGGCUUCCACUGGGACCUCUUCCUCCUCGGCCUGACCACCGGCGUCGCCGGCAUCCUCGGGCUCCCCUUCCCCAACGGCCUCAUCCCCCAAGCCCCAUUCCACACCGAAUCCCUCUGCGUGACGAAAGUCGAGGCCGACGCAGACGAGGAGGCGAAGGGGCACUACGUGCUCAAGCGCACGCACGUCGUCGAGCAGCGCGUCUCCAACCUCGCGCAGGGCCUCCUCACGCUCGGCACCAUGACCGGCCCCCUCCUGCUCGUCCUCCACCUCAUCCCCCAGGCCGUCCUCGCCGGCCUCUUCUUCAUCAUGGGCUACCAGGCCCUCGCCGCCAACGGCAUCACCGCCAAGCUGCUCUUCCUCCUGCGCGACAGCGCGCUCACGCCCGGCGGGCACCCGCUCGCGCGGAUCCCGCGCCGCGCCGCGGUCUGGAGCUUCGUGGCGGUCGAGCUGGCGGCGUUCGGAGCCACGUUCGCGAUCACGCAGACGGUUGCGGCGGUCGGGUUCCCGGUGGUCAUCCUGGCGCUGAUACCGGUGCGCGCGAUCGUGCUGCCGAGGGUGUUCACGCCGCUGGAGCUGGGGAUCUUGGACGCGCCGACGGCGAGCCCGUUUACGAUGGAGAGUGUGGGCGGCUCGGUCGCUGCUGCUGCUUCUGGGCAGGAUGAGACUGUCGAUGGGAGUGGGAGCAGCAGCAGCAGCAGCAGUAGUGGUAAUGGUGGUGGGAUCUUCGAGAACGGGGGUAGUGGCGCGACGGGGAGCGAGAACCCGAGCGUCACGGGGCUAGGUGCGGGUGUGAAAGAUGGGGGAGGGAGGAAAAGCGAGGAAGCGCUCGCUGAAGAGGGUCGUGGGAGGACGGUUGAGGAUGUUGGGACGCGCGAGGCGAUUGAGAUGGGGCGGUUGGGCGUUAGUCGGAGGGGACACCCUGGGAGGAGCGUGGAUGGGGGUGAGAGGUAGGUCUUCUGGGCUCGAGACGCGGGCUAGAAGGUGCAUAUAUCAUUGCUUGGCAGUUACGCUUUGGAAGAUAGAGCUUUUGGUAUAUGCGUGGUAGGUAGUGUUGGGUCAGUUACCUAGGUGUGUACCCACAAGGAGAUUGACUUAGUGUGAGUCGUAGAUUUAUAUAUCGACCGAUCGGAGAUAUAUUUG